GCAGCAGCAGUUUUCAAACCUUGAUGUAUGGCCAGCUCAAGAGGCCAGCUUUCCCAUUAUUUUCCUACCAAACACUAGUGCACAUGCACCGCUUCAUCAUCAUAUGACCUCCUCCAACUUGCCCCAUCACACACUACUCCAAUAUUUACCAGCAGUUCUUUUCAAGUCGCUAUAAAUAUAACAUGUCUGAUCACCUCAACUUGUCCAAAAAUAUUGAGCAUUGCUUCUUUCUUUAGUCUCUUUAAGCUUCCAAGAUUUCCUCACUGUUAAUUACUUUUCUUCUUCUUCUUCUUCUUCUUCUAGAGAGGAGAUGGGUGCUCUAGCGAGGAGAUCAUCAUAUGGCUACUCAAAGUUGGAUAAAGAAGACCCAGAAGAGGUCAUGCAUAGAAGAGCACAAUUCUUGAUCUACAAGGCACUACAACAAGCAGAUUCCCCUAGAAGAAGGCCAUCUCUUUUGAGACUCAGAUUGUGUAGGUUAAAGAUCAAGAUUGGCAAGAAACUAAAGAAGCUGAGGAAGGGCAUGUUGUUAUCUAUAUCCGCUGCAAGAGUUAGAGUCUAUGAGCAAGUUACAGGUCAGUGGAAGCGCUUGUUUGGCGAUGGAGAGGCCAUUGCUAGUCUUCCUCCUAUGCUGGCCUUGAAUGCUUGAAAUUAGGUUUCAUAUAUCGAGUGUUUUUUGGUACUGCUGAACAUCAACACAUGUGUGCAACAAUAUUAUGGUUAUUUUGCUCCUUUUAUUUUCAUGGAGAGCUGCUUUUUUCAAAUUAGGAAACCUUAAAUCGAAGAUCAUAUAUACAUGUCGACUAGGUAGUUCCUUGCAAGGAAUGAGAGUAAGAAUCACUACUUGUCGGUGCAUCUUUCCUAGUCUGUGUUCCCCCACCACUAUAUAUUCCAUACUAUAUUGUUAAAUUCAAGGUAAUUGAAUGAUUAAUAUGCCUUGGAAGGGCAUGAAAUUGAGCA